CAGUUACUACACCUCUGACGUAGCCUUCCAGCUCUUUCUCCCGACCAAUCACAGGCCUCCUCACGUCAAAACACUUCCGGUUUGCUCUCCAACUUGCCUUUCCAGCGGAGCGGCUGGUUGUGAGCAGACACCAGAGGACUGAACUCCACGUAGACCACAGCCUAAAAUAAGACAUAAAGAUGCCCCCCAAGAAGCCAGAAGCCCCCAAACAGGCUCCACUAAUUGGACGAUUUGGGACCUCUCUGAAAAUUGGAAUUGUGGGAUUACCUAAUGUUGGGAAAUCCACCUUUUUCAAUGUGCUGACCAAAAGCCAAGCUGCCGCAGAGAACUUCCCAUUCUGCACAAUUGACCCAAAUGAGAGCAGGGUACCUGUUCCCGAUGAGCGCUUUGAUUUCCUCUGCAAAUACCACAAACCAGUCAGUAAGGUUCCAGCAUUUCUAAACGUUGUAGACAUUGCUGGUCUGGUGAAGGGAGCUCAUGCAGGACAGGGACUCGGAAACGCCUUCCUCUCCCAUAUCAGUGCCUGUGACGGCAUCUUCCACAUGACUCGUGCGUUUGAUGAUGAGGAUAUUAUCCACGUGGAGGGUAACGUUGACCCAGUGAGGGACAUUGAGAUCAUCCACGAGGAGCUGCGACUGAAGGACGAAGAAAUGAUGGCUCCGAUCCUCGACAAACUGGAGAAAACUGCCGUCAGAGGAAGCGACAAAAAACUCAAACCUGAAUAUGAUAUCAUGUUGAAGGUGAAAAACUGGAUAGAAGAGGAGAAGAAACACAUCCGAUUUUACCAUGAGUGGAGCGAGAAAGAGAUUGAGGUGUUGAACAAAUACCUGUUUCUGACAUCCAAGCCCAUGAUCUACCUGGUUAAUCUCUCAGAGAAGGACUACAUCAGAAAAAAGAACAAGUGGCUGGCGAAAAUCAAGGAGUGGGUAGAUGCUCAUGACCCCGGUGCUCUGGUCAUUCCUGUGAGUGGAGCUAUUGAGUCUAAACUGCUGGACAUGGAGGAGGAGGAGGAGAGGAAUAAGUACUGCGAGGAACUGAAGACACAGAGUGUUCUGACCAAAAUAAUCAAGACCGGCUACGCAGCUCUACAGCUGGAAUACUUCUUCACAGCGGGACCAGAUGAGGUGCGAGCAUGGACCGUCAGGAAAGGGACCAGGGCUCCGCAAGCGGCAGGAAAGAUCCACACUGACUUUGAGAAAGGCUUCAUCAUGGCCGAGGUGAUGAAGUACAAUGACUUCAAAGAGGAAGGCAGUGAAGUCGCCGCCAAGGCUGCUGGAAAAUACAGGCAACAAGGCAGGAACUACAUGGUGGAGGACGGCGACAUCAUCUUUUUCAAAUUCAACACACCCAACGCACCGAAAAAGAAACCAUGAGACCACAAAAUCACCCGAGGGAGAACUCAGAAUAUUGUGAAGUUGGGCUUCAGUGAGCUCCACUGUCUGCUGGUUUUCAUACUUCUCUUUUGAAUUCAGAGGAUCAACUCUUGGCUGGUUGGCCAGUAGGUAUUUACUCUACCGGCCUCCCAUCUGAAUUCAUUGGAAUUAUUCUAUAUAAUAACAUUUCUAUACAAGCAUAACAUACAUCCUUACCUGUAAUAUUUACAAAUGGCACCAACUGUACCAGUCAAACAUUUUUUUAAAUCAUUAUAUUCUAGUUUUCAUGGUCUCAAAGAAGAACAGGUAUAAUAGAACUGAGAAAUAAUUAGCCAUAUAAGAAACUGUAACAGAACACAAACUGCAUAUUGUUUUCUAAUUGAUGCUGGUACUGUCUUGUGUGUUUUAAUAUACAUCAGAUGAUCAGAGCUUGACCUCUUUUUUUAGAUGCUUUUUGAUCAUUCAAGCCUCGAUGCUCAAAGAGACUUUUUUGUUGAAAUGUAUAUCUAAGAUGAUUUCUUUGUGUAAUAACAGCUUGCCUUUCUGUCAUUCGUUGACAAUUACCUUCAUGAUCAUUAAUGGGCGAGCAUCAUAAUGACUCUCUUAAUUAACGCUCCAUUACAUGCAAGUGUGCUCAAUCUGUAAAAUAGCUUCUAUAUCAUAAAACAUGUAAACAGUGCCACCAUGAGUGAAAGUAAUAUACAGCAUAUGUUGUUUGCUACAGGUGCCUAAUCAGCAUUAAUUAAGUAAAGGUCAUCUUGAAUGAUUUUUAGGUAUUUUUUCCCUAGAAUUAAAAAGAAAUGGACAAUAAUCUCAGUUCCCUUUUUAUGCCUUUUCCCCAAUUAAAACGUUAUGUUUAUGCUAUUCACAAUGAAUAAAGUCAUAAUACCUUAUGCUAAAAAAUAUACGGUGUCUAUAAAUGUUUGACUGGUGCUGUGUUAACGAUUAAGAGAAAAUGAAAGCCAUCACUCAGUGUUGUGCUGUAUUCUGAGGAGGGAAGAAUAUUGUUAUUUUAGAGAGAGCAACGCAGGCAGCAGGACGAGACACCUGAAUGAACGAUGUUGUUUUACACACUGCUUUUAUUGACUUUGGUUUGGGCUGAUUAAAAAAAUAAAGACAACAUUCACAUUACAAACUCCACCCUGUGUUUACGAGACAAUGCUUCAUUGUAAGUAAGCUACGAUAUUUGCUCUGUGGAUCACCUGGACUACACAACUUCAUAAUCUUGUUUCACCUCACUGCCUCCACAGUGUGAAUGUGUUUAUUUUCAAGAGCACCCAAAAAUCCCCUCAUUAAAAUCCUGAGCCUAAAGGAGCCAAGAUAUAAUAAAUAUCAUCCUCAUCAAUAUGCAUGUGUCAAUAAAAGGAGACAAACCUGUCGUUA